AAUUUCACAAGUUCAUUCGUGUAAGGACAAGUAGGGCACGCAAAAUUGGUGCGUAGUCCGAAGUCCCGCCUCUAUUUUUGUUUUCCAUCACAAAAUCUUCAUUUGUACCGGUACUAUAUUAUCACCGUUGCUCAGAUCUGCAGGUCUGAUAUCGCCAGUUAUAGCCCCAAAGCAACUGAGUGGAUCAAUGUCUGGUAUUUAAGGUAACAAAAGGUUCACUCCUUGAAGUGAGGAAAAACAGAAUACUCUGUGUCCCUCUGUCGAGUGAUCUGGCUGACUGUGUCACAGAUCAACAAUGUAUUAAGUUAAUUUUCGAGGAGAAACAGAUCUUUGGCAGCCCCAAACGGAAUGAAAGACAAAAGCUUCUUAAGCAAAUAACAGCACAUACGUUUUAAUAUUACACAUAGUAUAGACACGCCUUUUUGCACUGUCAUGCCUAAUUUGUUCGCUAGCGGCUUAUUCCCGAUAAGGUUAUCCUUCUAAAAUGAUCCACUUUUGUUUUUUAAGAAGCGCGCGACAAGAUAUACUGUGUUUCCUUGGAUGAGCUUUCUCUUGCAACUAGCAAGCGGGUCCAGCCGUAUUAUCAAUCUCCAAAACCAAGCUAAUCUCGUUCUAAAAAAGUUCCUAGCGAUCAGGGUCAUCGAAUAGUGUUCCGCAGAAAGUUUGGGCUCGCCAGCUGUUGAGAGCAUUUAGCGAUAAAUCGAUCGUUUUCCCUCAUCGUUGUUGAAACUUGAAGAACAUUCGCUUUUCUAACGUAGGCAGCACUCGAUUUCCGCAAGCAAAUCGCAAAUUUAUUGCGCUCCAAUAAAAUGCUCAUCAGUAAACUGCAACAUUAAGCUAACUUCACGCCAAGGCAAUUAACGAGCGCUUAAUUUGCGCGAUCAUUACAGAAGAAAUGAAUUUCAAAUCAUGACUGGGCAAGGAAUUCCGCCAUAACUUGGAUAACAUCUGAUCUCCAGGCGGCAAACGCUAUCAAGAUUUAAUUAACCACGUUAUCAAGACUUUGCACACGUAGGUAUGAAGCGCUCAGAGCACACUGUCUUCAAACUGGGAGGUAUUUAGGGAUUAUAUUCCACACAGAAGCUCUAACGAGACGGAGCCUCUUGCGCACCAACUUGCGGGAAACAAGAAAACGUUUUUCUUAACAGUAAGGGCUGCAAACCAUGGGAAAGUACAAUCCUGCCAUCGCGCCCACAACGGACAAACAGGUACCGCGGCGGCGUCGAAAGGGAAGUUCAGACACUCCGUCCCCUAACGCGCUGCGCGAAAGGGUACGUGCGCAAAACAUGAAGAGGGCGUACUUGAAUCUGCAGAAAACACUACCGCAAGUUCCACCUGAUACCAAGUUACCGAGGCUUAAUAUCCUGUUAUUGGCGAUCGAUUACAUUUCCCAUCUUCGCGGCGUCCUGCACAACGACGCUCCUGAAGAGGACCACUUCCCACAGAGCCCCGAGGAGAAAUGCGGCAUGUUUAGACCGUUCAUUGAGAAGUGGCCAGUCAGAUGCCAGCUGUUGUCCGAGUUUUUGAAGCCACAACUUAACGAGAAACAACUAAGACAGCAAAUUGCAGUGAAGGAGAAGUAGAGGGAAAAGUUGUCGGUUGGGAAUGUUGGAAAAAUGUGUCCUAAAACGAACUGUAUCGUCGUUUCUUCGUAGCGAGCGCUCCAAAGCGUCUGUUUUCUCUCUUGAAUAAACUAUUUUUGUAGUAUUGAAAUCCCGACUUAACCUUUAGGCCGAGAGAUGAAGAUACAAUUCACUUUUUUCCGUAUUCCCCUGAGCCUUGAAGCCAAAUACUUAUUAAGGCAAUUCGUAUAUCUGGGAAGAAGUCAAAGAGCGAGAAACCUAUCUGUUCACUCAUCAUCCAAAAACAAACAUAUUUCUUUUCGUGAAACAAUACAGCUUGACGUGCUAGUAAUAACGAUUUGCAUUUAACUUAUACGACCUAUAAAUGUCAAACGCAGUUGCAACGUUUAUUUUGUUUAUAGUUCUUCGUCAUCCAUUUUCAACUUUUUAAAUUUAGUUUACGUGUAACUAAACUUGUAUCUGCCACUUUCUUAUGAACUUGGAAUAAGUUUGUGAAUAAAUAAGCAGUGUAAAAUAAACGCCCUUCUUGGACCUUGCUUGAGUAAUACACGUUUUUCCAGGUAUAAAGUGUUGAUUGUCUUUUUGAGAGAAAUCUCAAGAAAGACUGACGUAUCGACAAGAGGUACCGGUGCCGAGAAAUAAUUACUUCUCAUUUAACCUGACAGGUUCUUAAAAUCGUGAUCAGUUUUCAACUGACCUCGCUUGUGGCAAGCUUUGUUGAAGUCCCUAAGAGCGUCCCGCACCGCUAUAACUGAACAACAGUCUGUCUCCAAAUCAAUAUCGCUACUGAGAAAGACUACUAAGCCAGUCCGGUUCAGAUUGUAUGCCACUGGGUAACGUCUUCGCACAAGUUACUAAGUGGACCAGAGACAGACAGACAAACAAGACAGACAGACAGACAGACAGACAAGACAGAUAGACAGUCAGACAGACAGACAGACAAACAAUAAGACAGACAGACAGUACCAGUAUAGACAGUACCAAUGGACCAUUAGACUCUGUCUACUGUCUGUCAUUGUGUAACAUCUGCAUGCGUACACGUAAUUCAGUGGACCAGACAGACAGCAUCAGUAGACCAGUAGACUCUAUCUACUGUCUGUCAUUGUGUAACGUCUGGGUACAAGUAACUCAAGAUUGUUCAGUUUUGUUACGUUGUGUUCUUCUUUGCGUUCUUCCCCACGGAUUUUCGAGCAAAAGUAGAGACUGCUCGCAGUUUACGGACAGACAGUACCAAUAGACCAGUAGACUCUAUCUACUGUCUGUCACUGUGUAACGUCUGUGUAAAUUAAUUGGACCAGUAGAUUUUUUAAAAAAACCUUCCUCCAACCAAGCUCAAACUGCUACUUCUCCUUAAUGGCUGCCAUGCAUUUUUUUCAAAGUUAGUUAAUUGUGAAAAGCUGGCAGCAUGAGGAGCUUGAAUUGGUCAUGGCUCCUGGUCAAGGAUGCCACAGGUAAAGAAAUGGUCAGGGAAAAGUCAGAGAAUUUUAUUUUGAAUCAGAAUUUUGAAGAAAAGCCAGACAACAUUGAAAUUAUAACACUGCUGAUUUCAUACCAUUGAAGGCUGAAAAAAGCAUUUCAGGUCACUGUGAUCUCAGCAAUGUUUGUACUUAACAAAAGGGUUAAAUUUGCAAGUGAAAAUAUGAAAGAUCAUAUAUUUGAACUGCGGAGAAAGAGA